AUGUACUCGUGUCUUGGGGGAUUCCUCGGGCAAAUCCUUAGCCACACACAUGUCCCCAGCGGCAGUUGUAAACACCACAGAUCGCUGACCGUGACUCAGACUCCCCUCAGCACGAGAUAUGCCUCGCAGGAGAUGAUGACCAUCUUCUCGGCCCGCGAGCGUGCUAGCACCUGGCGCCAGCUCUGGGUUUGGCUCGCCGAGGCUGAGAAGGAGCUGGGUCUCCCUAUCCCAGACGAGGCCCUCGACCAGAUGCGUGCCAACGUGGUCGUCUCCGACAAGGCGUUUUCUGUCGCCCGGGACUACGAGUCCAAGUUCCGUCAUGAUGUCAUGGCUCACGUUCAUGCCUACGGCGAGGACGCUCCCGCUGCCGCUGGCCAUAUCCACCUUGGUGCUACUAGCUGUUAUGUCACCGACAAUGCCGACCUGAUCUUCCAACAACGUGCUCUGGACCUCAUCCUCCCCAAGCUUGCCAAGGUCAUCAAGAACCUCCAGGAGUUUGCGCUUAAGUACAAGGAUAUGCCCACCCUGGGCUUCACCCACUACCAGCCAGCCCAACUCAUCACUGUUGGCAAGCGCGCGGCGCAGUGGAUCCAGGAGCUUAUGAUGGACCUGGAGGACAUUGAGACUGUCCGCAAGAGGCUCCAGUUCCGAGGCGCCCAGGGCACCACUGGCUCCCAAGCAACUUUCCUCGAGCUCUUCAACGGAGACGCCGGCAAGAUUGUGCAGCUGAAUGAGAUCCUCUGCAAGAAGGCUGGGUUCCCUUCAACCUACGCCAUAUCCACCCAGACGUACACAAGGAAGGUUGAUCUCCGGGUGGCCAACGCUGUGUGCGCCCUCGGUGCGACUGCCGAGCGCAUUUGCUCCGAUAUCCGUCACCUGGCCAACCUCAAGGAGAUGGAGGAGCCCUUUGAGAAGAGCCAGAUUGGCAGCUCAGCCAUGGCCUACAAGCGGAACCCCAUGCGGUCUGAACGCAUCACAGCCCUUGGUCGCAAGCUCGCCCGCCUGCCCGCCAACUUCACCGCCACUUUCGAAACCCAGUGGUUCGAGAGGACGCUGGACGACAGUGCUAUUCGCCGGAUGGAUAUCCCUGAAAUGUUCCUCCUGGCCGACUCCAUCCUUCUGGCACUGGACAACGUGACCAACGGCCUUGUCAUCUACCCCAACGUGAUCCGGUCUCGCAUUGACCAGGAGCUCCCGUUCAUGGCAACCGAAUCCAUCCUGAUGAAGCUGGCUGCCCACGGCGUGUCUCGCCAAGACGCCCACGAGGAGAUCCGGGUCCUUUCUCACCAAGCCAGCGAUGUUGUGAAACAACAAGGUGGUCGCAACGACCUCCUGGAACGCAUCAAGAAACAUGAGUUCUUCAAGCCCGUUUGGGAUGAUAUUGAUAGCCUGGUCGACCCCAAGCUGUUCAUCGGCAACUGCGCCAAGAUUGUCGAGGACUAUUGCAACGGAGAGGUGGCUGCGAAGCUGGCCAAGUACAAGGAGGCACUUGACGAGGCCUCGACGGCCCAGCUCUCAAUCUGA